AUGAUUCUGGUGUGCAUCUAUGUCGAUGACAUAUUACUAACAGGGAGUUGUUCAGAUGGGAUAACUAAGUUCAAGAAGGUGCUGAUGAAUGAGUUUGAGAUGAUUGAUCUAGGAAAUAUGGUAUAUUUUCUAGUGAUAGAGAUUAUGUACUCUGACAAGGGUAUAAUAUUGCAUCAGCUGAAGUAUAAACUUGAGAUUCUGAAGAGAUUUACGCUGAUGAAUUGCAAGUCUGCAAUCACACCUGCUGAAAUAAAUCACAACUUGGAUUCUGAUGAUGAGGAUGAUGAUGUAAAUGCUACAAUUUUUAAACAUUUGGUAGGCUCAUUGAGAUAUCUCUGCAAUACCAUACCUGAUAUGUGUUAUGCAAUUGAAAUGGUGAGUAGGUUCAUGAACAAACCAAAGUCGUCACAUUACCAAGCUGCCGUCAGGAUACUGAGGUAUGUUAAAGGGACUUUGAAGUAUGGAGUUUUGUUCUCUUUUGGUGCCAAAACUGAGUCAGAGCUGAUAUGUUAUUCAGACUCUGAUUGGUGUGGAGAGAGAGUUGACAGAAGAAGUACUUCUGGAUAUCUUUUCAAGUAUCUAGGAGGUCCUAUUUCUUGGUGCUUCAAGAAGCAACCAGUGGUUACAUUGUCAAUCUGUGAAGCAUAG